AUGCAGGUGUGUUUUCUGCUUCCAGACACGCAGAUUGCGAACGAGAACUUCGUCGAAGAGGUGUCGGGACUUCUGAACACAGGAGAAGUCCCAAACCUCUUCAACGCUGAGGACAAGACGCAGAUCUUGGAGCUUUGCACCAACCUGGCUGCCAAGGAGGGGCGCCAUGGCCCUGCCGAGGUGAUGGCCUUUUUCAUCGAGCAGUGCAUGAAGAAUAUGCACAUUGUCUUGGCUUUCUCGCCCAUUGGCGAGAACUUCCGUCGCAGGGUGCGGAUGUUCCCUUCACUGGUCAACUGCUGCACAAUCGAUUGGUUCCACGAGUGGCCUGAUGCUGCUCUGCAGAGUGUAGCAAAUCACUUCCUCGGCAAAACUGGAAUGCCAGAAGACGUUCUGAAAGGUGUGGUGAAUGUCUGCGUGGCAAUGCAGAAGAGUGUUUUCACCUUGGCUGAGCGUUUCCAGAAGGAGGUGCAGCGCUACUACUACGUUACCCCGACAUCGUACCUGGAGUUGAUCAAUGCAUUCAAAGGUCUUUUGGCCAACAAGCAGGACGAGGUGUCCAAGAUCAAGUCCAGGUACGAUGUCGGCCUGGACAAGAUCAUGUCCACUGAGGAGCAAGUCACCACGAUGCAGGCUGAGCUCGAGGAGCUGAAGCCCACGCUGAAGAAGACGGCUGAAGAAACGGAACAGCUCAUGGUUGUCAUUGAGGGCAAACAGAAGGAAGCAGCGGUGACCGAAGAGGUGGUUUCCAAGGAUGCCGCAGAGACAGCAAAGGUGGCAGAGAGUGCCAACAACAUGAAAGUGGAUUGCCAGCGGGACCUGGACAAGGCGAUGCCUGCGUUGAACUCGGCCAUUGAGGCACUGAACCAGCUGUCGAAGGGCGACAUUGUGGAGGUCAAGGCCAUGGGAAAGCCUCCAGGAGGUGUCGUGCUGGUAUCCAAAGCCCUCUGCUGGUGCUUCGGGGUGAAGCCGAAGAAGGUGCCUGCACCAGAUGGCAGGUCCAAAAUGGAUGACUACUGGGAUCCGGCCAAGAAGGAGCUCUGGGGUGAUCCCAAGCUGCUCGAGCGUCUGCUGAACUUUGACAAGGACAACAUUCCAGGCGAUGUUAUGACGAAACUUCUGCCGCUUGAGACGGAUCCGGACUUCGAGCCAGAUGCGAUCAAGAAGGCAUCUGUGGCGGCCUGCGGCAUCUGCAAGUGGGUCCGAGCGAUGAUAGUUUAUGACCAGGUAGCGAAGAUGGUUGGGCCCAAGAAGGCCGCUUUGGCCGGGGCAGAAGCGCAGCUCGCCGAAGCAGAGGCUGCUCUCGCGAUCAAGAAGGCAGAGCUCCAGAAGGUUCAGGACAAUGUCGCCAAACUGCUCGAGGACUUUGCGACAGCUAAGCAGAAGAAGGAUGACCUGCAGAAUCAGUUCGAGGUUUGCUCCAAGCGCCUCGUCACCGCAGAGAAGCUAAUCAACGGGCUUGGUGGUGAAAAGUCACGCUGGGAAGCGUCAUCCGCCAAGUUGGGUGAGCAGUAUGACAACCUCACAGGGGAUGUGUUGAUCUCCUCUGGAAUCAUUGCUUACCUCGGCUGCUUCCUGGCCAAGUACAGAGUCGAGUCGGUGGACUCCUGGAUCUCUCUUAUGCGGGAGAACAAAGUGCCCUCUUCCUCGUCCUUCUUGCUGCGAUCUGUCAUCGGUGAGGAUGUGGUGAUUCGCCAGUGGGUCAUUGACAAGCUACCCAACGACCAGGUGUCUAUCGACAACGCCUUGAUCUUGUCAAACUCCAGGCGCUGGCCUUUGAUGAUCGACCCGCAAAUCCAGGCCAACAAGUGGAUCCGUAACUCAAAGGGUGACAAGCUCCUGGUCUUGCGUCUGUCGCAGAACAAUUAUGCCCGAAAGCUGGAGGUUGGCAUCUCCCAGGGCCUUCCAGUACUUAUCGAGAACGUGCCCGAGGUGUUGGAUCCCCUGCUGGAGCCGCUCCUGCAGAAGGCCAAGUUCAAAGCCGGCAACAUGAUCAUGAUUCGGCUCGGUGAUUCCACGGUCGAGUAUAACGAGGAAUUCCGCCUCUACAUCACGACGAAACUCCCCAACCCGCACUACUCGCCGGAGAUCUGCGUGCAGGUCACGCUGCUGAACUUCAUGGUGACGCCGGAUGGGUUGCAAGAUCAGAUGCUGGGCAUCCUCGUAGCCAAGGAAGAGCCAGAAGUGGAGAAGAAGCGACAGAAUCUGAUCAUCGAGAGUGCCCAGAGCAAGGCGCAGCUCAAAGAAAUCGAGGAUAAAAUCCUCGAGCUGCUUUCAAAUUCCAAGGGCAACAUUUUGGAUGACGAGGAACUGAUCACAACAUUGGCCAAUUCGAAGGUAACGUCCACACGCAUCGAGGAGCGCGUGAAGGAGCAAGAGAAAACGCAGGCGCUUGUGCAGGAGACUCGUGAGACUUACGUGCCCGUCUCCAUUCGCAGCUCUGCGAUGUUCUUUGUCAUUGCGGAUUUGUGCAAGGUUGAGCCCAUGUAUCAGUACAGUCUGGAGUGGUUCAUCGACAUCUUCCUCCUUGCAAUCAAGACCGCGGAGAAGCCCGAGCGAAACCUUCAGCGGCGUCUGACCGCUCUGCAGAACCAGUUCAUCAAGCUUCUCUACGAGAAGGUCUGCGACUCCCUCUUCGCGAAGGACAAGCUCAUGCUGUCCCUGCUGCUCACAUUUAAAUCUAUGGAGGUCGACCACGAGCUGGACCAGGCAGAAAAGAGCUUGCUCCUCGUGGGCGGCACCACCGGAGCAGAGGUUCGUCCACGGCCACAGGCUGAAUGGCUCAGUGAUGUCUCGUGGGCACGCAUCUCUGAGCUGGAGGAUCUUGGCAAGGGACCAUGGCCAGGAUUCUGCGAGAUGUUCGCGUCACACCUCGCUGCCUGGAAGGAGGUUUUCGAUUCCGACGAUCCAGUCCAGGCACCUUGGCCUGGCGGUUUCAAGGACCAGAUGACACCCAUGCAGCAGGCACUGGUCUUGUUGGCAGUCCGAGCCGAUGCAACGGUUCAAGGGCUUCAAAACAUCAUCAUGGCCAAGCUCGGAGCAGAUUUCCUGGAACCGCCCCCGUUUAAUCUUGAGAAGGUCUACAGUGACAGCAACAACGUCACGCCGCUCAUCUUCGUGCUCUCUUCAGGAGCCGACCCCAUGGCCGAGCUCAACCGCCUGGCCAUCAAGAACAACAUGUUCGAGACGAAGGCGGCCGUGUCCUUGGGCCAAGGCCAGGGGCCGAAAGCCGAGUUCGCCAUCAGCGAGGGCAAGACGGCAGGCAACUGGGUCAUCCUCCAGAAUUGCCAUCUCGCAGUUUCAUGGAUGCCAAUGCUGGAGAAGCUCGUGGAGGAGUUGGACCCUGAUGCUGUCGCCCACACCUUCCGCCUCUGGCUGAGUGCCAUGCCGUCGCCCCAUUUCCCUGUGAGCGUGCUGCAAAACGGCAUGAAGAUGACCGUCGAGCCACCGAAAGGCUUGAAGUCCAAUUUGCUUCGUGCCUACCUCUCCUUCGAGGAAGAAUGGUUCGAGUCGGCAGGCAACACUGAUGCUUCACGCAAGGCAUUCAGGAAGAUGCUCUUCGGCCUUUGCUUCUUCCAUGCGCUGAUCCAGGAGCGAUGUAACUACGGACCGCUGGGAUGGAACAUCCCCUACCAGUUCUCGGAGCCCGAUCGCCAGAUCUGCGUGUCGCAGCUCAGGAUGUUCUUGGAAGAGAACGCGACGAUCCCCUACGCAGCUCUCAGCUACACGGCUUCGGAAGCAAACUAUGGCGGGCGUGUCACGGAUGCACACGACCGGAUCACCAUUGCCAACCUCAUUACAGACUACUACUGCGACGACAUCCUCAAGGAUGGCUACAAGUUCUCCGAGUCCGGGAUCUACUAUGCCCCGAAGCACCAAGCCCUCUCGGGCUACCUUGAUUACAUCCGAACACUGCCGAUCAACCAGAUGCCGGAGGCCUUCGGCUUGCAUGCCAACGCCAACCUGUCGGCUGCAAUCAAGGAGGGCUUGGGGAUUUUGGCGACGGCCAACUCGAUGUUGCCCAAGGGCGGAGGAGCAGACGGGGGUGCCAAGACUCCCGAUCAGAUCUUGACAGAGCUCUCGACCAAGUUCCUCACAGAAGUCCGGCCUCCUUUUGACACAGAAUGGCUGGUGGCAAAGUACCCCACCGACUACAAUGAGUCCAUGAACACCGUGGUAAAUCAGGAAGCUCUCCGAUUUAACAAGCUGCUCCUCCGAGUGCGGGCGAGUUUGGUCGAUAUCGGCAAAGCGGUGAAGGGCUUGGUCAUCAUGGGCCCAGAUCUGGACGACGUUGCUAAUGGCAUCCUGCUGAACAAGCAGCCUGAGUUCUGGAAGAAGGUGUCCUAUCCAUCUUUGAAGCCCAUGUCUUCCUAUGUGGCGGACCUCGUUGCAAGGAUGAACUUCUUCACCGACUGGAUGGACAAUGGCCAUCCAUCCAACUACUGGCUGUCGGGCUUCUUCUUCACGCAGUCCUUCCUCACCGGACAGCUACAGAAUUUCGCCCGGAAAAACAAUUUGCCAAUUGACACGCUGAUCUGGACCUUUGAUAUCCUGAAGAAGGAGAACAAUCAUCCUCCGAAGCCAGAGGAUGGAUGUGUGGUCUAUGGGCUCUUCAUGGACGGCGCACGAUGGGACAAUGAGCAGCAAGUCAUCCAAGACAGCUUGCCCAAGGUGCUGUUUUCAGAGAUUCCACACAUGCACUGGAAGCCAUGCGAAAAGGACAAGGACCCAACUGAUCCUACGCGUGUCUAUCCCUCGCCCAUCUACAAGACCUCGGAAAGAAAGGGAGUUCUCAGCACAACUGGUCACUCCACCAAUUUCGUCUCCACCAUCAAAAUCCCGAUCGCGAAAGAGCAUUCUGCAAAGUUCUGGAUCAAACGUGGUGUCGCGUGCCUCUGCCAGCUGGACGACUGA